AUGCGUCCCGAUGGGAUAUCUAGUACAAAUGGCUCUUCCCAUACGCUGAAUGGUUCGCCUGCAUCUCCAUCGCAAAAGGCAGCAUUUCCGUUGUCGAUGAAUGGCCAAGCCUUGCAUACAACCUCCAAUGGAGACUUGCAUACAAAUGGAUCGCAAAAGUCUAGGCUCAAUUCCUCUACCUACUUCGGUCACGAUCGGGAAGAGGUCACAAGGAUCUUGAUACAGAGUCUCUACGAGCUUGGGUAUGACGGAGCGGCAUCAUUGUUGAGUAAGGAGAGCGGUUAUCAACUGGAAAGCCCGGCGGUUGCUACGUUUAGGAACGCGGUUCUUGAGGGACGAUGGGCUGAAGCGGAACAAAUUCUGGUCCACUCAUUUCACCAUGAACGGGAUAAUGGCAGGGGAGGACGUCGCACUGAGCAGCAUCCCACCAAGGAGAGAUUAGUCUUAGUGGAGCAUGCCGAAAAGAACGAGAUGCUUUUCCAUCUCCGACAACAAAAGUUUCUGGAGCUGUUGGAGGCUCGGGAUCUGGGUGCGGCUUUAAUAGUUCUCCGGCAUGAGCUAACACCCCUCAAUUAUGACAUUGGUCGUUUGCAUGCUCUUUCAAGCCUCCUCAUGUGCCCUCCUGAGCAUCUUCACGAUCAAGCUGGUUGGGACAGCCCAAUAAGCUCGUCUCGGGAACGUUUGCUAUCGGAAUUAUCAAAGUCCAUUUCGCCUUCUGUUAUGAUCCCGGAUAAUCGUCUUGCCAUUCUUCUAGAUCAUGUCAAGCAGAAUCAAAUCAACCAAUGUUUGUAUCACAAUACAGCAAAUCCUCCCUCGCUAUACUCAGACCAUAUGUGCGACCGAAAAGAUUUCCCUCUCCGGACAGAGAUUCAAUUGACCGAGCAACGGGAUGAGGUCUGGUGGUGCUCCUUUUCGCAUGAUGGGACCAGGCUGGUCACAGCCUGCAAGGAUUCCACAGUGAUUCUCUACGACACGGAUACUUUCACUGUACUCCACACACUCAAGGAGCACACAGAUGGUGUUGUGCAUUGCGAAUUCAGCCCGGACGACUCGAAACUCAUUACUUGCUCCCAAGAUAAGACAGCUCGCGUCUGGAGCGUCGAGACCGGUCGUUGUCUGUUAACCAUAAAUCAUCAUCGGCAACCAGUAACGUCUGCAGCAUGGGCUCCAGACGGGGAGACGUUUGUCACGGCUUCUCUUGAUCUUAGCACGCAGCUUUGUUAUUGGAGCAUGCGCGGGCAUAACCUGCACUCUUGGGAUGGUGGUUUCAGGGUACAAGACUGUACUAUGACUCCUGACGGUCGGAGACUAGUCGCGGCAGAUCUGGAGGGAAAAUUGCAUGUUUACAACUUUGCCACGCGUGAUGAAGAAUACUGCCUUACAACGAAAAGCAGGCCGACGUCUGUGGCUGUCAGCAAGGAUUCGCGGUAUCUGCUUGUUAAUCUCGCCGACAAUCAACUGCAGCUUAUUGACCUCAACACAACGGAAGUUGUGCGGCGCUUCCAAGGGCAAAAGCAGGGCAAUUUCGUCAUCCGCAGCGUCUUUGGCGGCGCUGCUGACAACUUUAUUGUGAGCGGGAGCGAAGAUUCUCGUAUUUAUAUCUGGCACAAAGAGAAUGGAACUCUCGUCGAAGUGCUGGAAGCACACACCCGGGGCUGUGUGAAUUCAUUAUCGUGGAAUCCAGCUAAUUCGGGGAUGUUCGCCUCAGCAGGCGAUGACUACAUGGUCAGAAUAUGGACCAAAGAACGCGAUACACGACCGGGUGCUGCAGCAGUUAAGCAUAGGGCUGUGUCGGGAAAUGGGUUUACCCGCACUAGUGCUCUGCGUUCGACAUCACGGUUCUAA